UUUUUUAUCCAUUGGAGCGGCUUCACCAUCCGCUCCGUCGCCAUGCGAGCAGCUCUCGAAAUCGGCACAGGAAUCGAGCGGAAGACGACUCCCAGGCGAAGCGCAGAGGAAUUCUGAUUCCUAAACCUCUCAGCUUGUUGAAUCUUCGUGGAGAAAUCGGUGUUCCUUUGGUUUCUUCAGCAAAAGCUGAGAUUUUUCUUGUCACUGGUUUGGCUUUCUUCUAGUUCUAUCCAUGGAGGCGAGUCUCAGAUUGUGAUUUUUGCGAUGGAUUUCGUUUCUCAAAGGAUCCCGAUUUUUGUAGCGUUUGAGACUCUGUCGAUCUAGUUUCUCGAUCUUUUCUUCUCCUCGAGUUCUCCAAAAUCAGCAUCACGUUGGUUUCUUUUGUAGUCUACUUCUAGGGUUUGAUUUUAGAAAGAAAGAUGCGAACAUUAACUAGUUCUAUCCAUGGAGACGAGUCUCAGAUUGUGAUUUUUUUCAAUGGUUUUCUUUUCUCAAAGGAUCCCGUUUUUGUAGGGUUUCAGACUCUUCCGAUCUAAUUUCUCGAUCCUUUCUUCUCCUCGAGUUCUCCAAAAUCUCUAGGGUUUGAUUUUAGAAAGAAAGAUGCGAUCAUUAACUGGUUUGAUCAUUGGUUUGAGCUUGGUGUCAAUUUUCCUCUUCUUUGCUCUGGUUGCAACACUCUACUUGGUCUGGAGGAAGAAGAGAAUCAACGCAGACAUCGAUGAAAAUUGCAGCAUCCCACUCAAAAAGCUUCAGUAUCCCUUCUUUUGGACCUGGAAAAGUCCAUCACUCAUGGCUAUUCAUCAGCAAGAGAGGUCUGCUCCAGUGGAUUUAGCCGCCCAAUCUGACCAACUUCACAAAAACCCUAUCAAAGACACCAUAGAGGCAGAGAUCCUGAGGCUCUACAGCCUCGCAGGCCCUCCGAGGCUUCUCUUCACUAUCAAAGAGGAGACAAAGGAGGACCUGGAGUCUGAGGAUGGCAGGUGUGGAGGAAAGACCCUAAAUGAUCUGUUCAACUCCUCUGAUGACACCCCAUUGUCCACUUCCCACUCCGCGAGUCCCUGCACAAGAAAUGGAUUCAAUUUCAACCGGGAAGACGACUUCACCAAGAUGUGGUCCUCGCCGUCGCCCAAAUUCAAGUUCUUGAAGCAUGCUGAGCUUAAAUUUUACAGGAAGUUGCUGAUGGAAGAGGCAGGAAAGGCUGAUGCAAAUGCCGAGAUGGUUAACAACUUGGAAAAGCAAAACAUGGGCCGUGAGCAAGAAGGUGAUGGAUCUAACUUCAUUGGCAUAGUGAUUGGGAAGAUCAGAGAUGGAGAGAAGCAUCAACAUUCAAGUUCCUCACAGGGCUCUUUUAGGUCCACUUUGGUGUCAAGGGUGUUCCAUGAUGCAUGUUGGUGCCUUUGCUUGACAGUUCACCCGAAGAAGAGCAUGAUCAAGGAGACAAGAAACAUGCCUUCCUUGCGUUCAUUUAGUUGUAGAUUUUCAACUCGCUUCCCUAAAUUUUGUCGGCCUAAUUAAGGAGCACAGGAUACUGUGGAGUCAUGAAUGGUCUGUAUGAAGAGAGAAUCAUUAUUGAUCCGGUUGACAUUGGGUUGACUCCUUGAAGUAUCCACGACUGAGCUCUUUUAGUAGGUCGGAUGCAUGUCAACUCGGCUCCUAUCGGAUCUUGUGGUUAUUGAGUCGGUAGUUGUCGGGUCGAGUCACGCAUGGACUUUGAUGAUGGUCUCUAGCGACAAUGACUAAAAUGACUGAACAAGAUUAGAAAGGAGGUCAAGACGACCUCUAAGAAACCCCUCUAACACUCAAAUUAGAUUUUGAAGGAAAAUUGAGAGGAGGAGAUAUUGAAGUGAAAAAUAGUAAUGUUGAAUGUCAGUGUGCCUCUCAAUGUUGCCACCGUUACCUUAUAUAGGGAGCGAAGAGGUGGUUAGGAUUUCCAAAGAACAUACAUCUUUCCUGUUCCCAGAAAACCUUUUGUAACUUGCGUUAUUGUAACUGUCAAGUUGCAUUCGAACUCGGUCUUAGAUCUGGCUAGUUGGACUUAACCUGGAUGUGACUUAGGCUAACUUUAGUCGAGCUCAGUCAUGAGUUGGCUGUCUUGACCCAAGUUCGGUCCUGAGUUGGCAGAUUAGAUCUGAGUGCAUUGAUCAAGUCCUGGGCAUGGUUGACUAGAGUUAAACUAGAAAGAGCUAGUUCGACUGGACUUGAGUUCGUCUUAAGUCGGAUUGAUCCAGAUUUGCAUUGAUCAAGUCCUAGAUUUGCCACGUGGUCUCUAUAGUCGCCGCCACAUCAAUUAUGGGGGACUCCUCUAUAGUCGUCAGGUUCCAUUGAAUUAAGUCUCAGUCUAAAUUCUAAAAGUCUUAGUCUAGUUGAUCCGAAUGGUUGUAUAGGGAAAAAGUGUUGUUUUGUAGAUUUUCAAAGUACUUUCCUUAAUUUUUGUUGAAUAUAAUUAGUGAUAUAUAUAAUCCCACAUUAAAAAGGAAGGAGAAGUUUGAUAGACUUGUUAAAGGAUGUACAUUAAAUAUAUUAUAUUUGAUUGAUUAUCAAGUGGAACAUAUUUAUAUAUAUAAAUCAAAGAUAGACAUUUGGGGCAUAAAAAUUAAAUUUGGAAUUAAGCACUGAAAGAUUUCCCAAAGGUUGUAUCAUUCAUUAUAUAUACAUCAUAUAAUCAUUUUUCAUUCUCUAUAUUGUCUUGGAGGAAUUUAUAGUUUUGCUGUCCAUAAAUUUAUUAUAUCUUGAGUAUUUUGGAGGGAAU